ACCCCGGGCAGCACAGAGCGAAUUCCAUCCAAGGGCUGCACAGCCUGGAGGAUGAGCCGGAGCAUGGAGAGUCAGCGACUGUCUUCAUAUCGGCGGCGGUUUGGCCCCCAAGCCACCGCUGUCCAACAGCCCCUGAGAUCCUCGCCCCUCUUCUGGCUCAUGGCCCCCAGCCCCAGCACCAGAGUCUCCAUGACCAAGAAGAAGAGUUCCAGCCUGAGCAUCCAUGCCAGCCCCAGGUUCUUCCAGGACAAGGCAGAUUUCUCCCUGGCCGAUGCCCUCAACACCGAGUUCAAGGAGACACGCACCAACGAGAAGGUGGAGAUGAUGGAGCUGAACGACCGCUUCGCCAGCUACAUCGAGAAGGUGCGCUUCCUGGAGCAGCAGAACAAGGUGCUGGUGGCGGAGCUCAACCAGAUCAGAGACAAGGAGCCCACCAAGCUGGCCGACAUCUAUCAGGACGAGCUGAGAGAGCUCCGCCGGCAGGUGGACCAGCUGUCUAAUGCCAAGACCAGGCUGGAGAUCGAGAGGGAAAAUCUGCUGGAUGACGUCAACGGCCUCCGGCAAAAGUUACAGGACGAGAUUAAUCUACGGCUCGAAGCUGAGAACAAUUUGUCUUCCUACAGACAGGAUGUUGACAAUGCUGCAUUAGUGCGCCUGGACCUGGAGCGGAAAGUCGAGUCCCUGCAGGAGGAGAUCAACUUUCUGAGGAAAGUCCAUGAGGAGGAGCUGAGAGAGCUGCAGGAGCAGCUGGUGCAGCAGCAGGUCCACAUUGAGAUGGACAUGUCAAAACCGGACCUGACGGCGGCGCUGCGGGAGAUCCGCAUUCAGUACGAGUCCAUGGCCUCCAACAACAUGCACGAGACCGAGGAGUGGUACAAGUCCAAGUUUGCAGACCUGACAGACGCGGCAGCUCGGAACAUUGAAGCCCUGCGCCUGGCCAAACAAGAAGCCAAUGAGUACCGGCGCCAGCUCCAGGCACUCACCUGCGACCUGGAGUCCCUGCGGGGAAUGAAUGAAUCCCUGGAGAGGCAGCUGCGGGAGAUGGAGGACCGCUAUGCCAUUGAGACAGCCAGUUAUCAGGACACAGUCAUCCGGCUGGAGGAGGACAUCCAGAACCUCAAGGAGGAGAUGGCUCGGCACCUCCAGGAAUACCAGGACCUGCUCAACGUCAAGCUGGCCUUGGACAUUGAGAUUGCCACCUACCGCAAGCUCCUGGAGGGAGAGGAAAGCAGGAUCACCAUCCCCGUGCAGACCUUCUCCAACCUGCAGAUCCGAGAGACCAGCCUGGAUACCAAGUCAGUGUCUGAGGCUCACCUGAAGAGGAACAUCGUGGUCAAAACUGUGGAGGGCAGAGAUGCAGAGGUGAUCAAGGAAUCCACCCAGGAGCACAAGGACUAAGGGGUCGGCAGAGGAAAGCCUGUAGCUGUAGACCACUAGCAGCAUAGAUCCUGCCUGACACUCAGCCCCUCCGAUGUGGAACCAGGAGGGCCCAGCGGCUGCGAGGGACCCACACGGAGGGAACGUGUUUCGCUUGCCGGGGAGCGGAGUUAAUAAGACUAACUGAGGAGCUAGAGUAACCAGCGUCCCUUAGAGCUGCUGCACACCGUUCCGGUGCAGGCCGCAGGCUAGCGCUUCGGCCAAGCCCCGUCUCUCUCUCCCGCUGCCCCUGCCUUGGUCCACUGCAGUCUGUGGGAGAGGCCUGCUGAGCUGCUCCAGAGCCUGGCGGGGUUUGAGGCCCUGCUGAGGCUGCCAGAGCUCCCCUAGAGAUAGGGCUGUGCUAGGCCCACCCAGAAACCCCCUACCACUGGCUCCCUAGGAGGCUGCGCAGGGAGGGCAGGCGGGGAAGGCAAAGCAAUCGAAGGCCCAGCUCAUGCCCACAGAAAGGGCCAAAUCCAUGGCCCGGGGGCUGCAGAGUUUCCACUGCCUCCUGGAGCCAAGGGGCGGGAUUUGGCUGCACCCCACCACCUGCCCCAGAUCUCAAAGCCCCUAGGAUGGCUGAGGCCCUGAUCCCGGCUCAGGCCCAGGCAUCCCCAGGAGAGGUAGGAGAGGCCCUGAGUGCGAGUCUGCCCAGGGUUAAUGCUGACAGUGCCCAUGGUCUGGCCCAGGGAGACCCCUGUGGAGUUGCAAGAGCGGGGGAUGCUGUGGAGAGCAGCUCUCCUUCAGCACUGCCCCCCACCACACACACACCCCUCACUGGCCUCCUGGAGAUCAGGCUGAAAGGCUUCCAGGGAGGGAGACGGGCUUGGGCCCAAAGGAGCAGGGUUUCUGUUCCCUGGCCCCUGCAGUGGGGCCUGCUCCCCAACGCACCGGCGGCGGGCACGGGGAGGCAAAAGCGCUGCACCACACGCCCUGGCCCGCCCAGGAGCUGCGGCUGGGCUAACGUAGAGAGCAGCUGAUGGAACCGGAGGCAGGAGCCCCUGAACACAGGCGGGGCGGGGCUGGCUGAUGUCUCCCCCCUUCGUGCUGAAGGCUAGGAACUGAUUCCUGCUGACUGAGCACCAGGCAGAUGUAGCCAGAGGAGCUGGGGGCACGGGAGGGACAGAGCCUCACAGGGAAACAGCUUCCUACUGCUGUCAGGAGGCCACGAAGCCUGCUCAGAGGAAAUCAGACCAAUGAUGGCGGGAGAGGUGCAGGCCGCAGCCUCCUGGCAGCCUCGUGGUUUAAUCCUGGCCUGUUCCCAGACCCCAGGCUGGCCAGCUGCGAGGGGCGUGAGCGGCAGGGUCCUGCCGAGCAGCGAUGCGCAGGGUUUGCCCUGCUUGGCGAUGGCAGCGUCCAGCCCUCGCUGUCACGGCCCCUCCGAGCGGCACGGCAGAGCCAGGGGGCUGGUGAGAUGAGCUCUGUGCCCUGCUUGGCUACAGCCUGGGCCAACUCCAGCCAGGUCAGGGGCUCGGGACUGGGUCAGGCGCUCCCUGUCAUUGGCUCCCCUGGGAGCAGAGCAGGCCGUUAGCUCCCCCGUUUUCCUCCCUCCCAGACAGGCUGAGGAGAGCUCGCGGGUGUUUGGGAGGGGCCAGGAGCCAUCACAGAGCAGGCCCUAUGGUAGGAGGGGCUGGUGGCUGAGUUAAAGCCCAGGAGGGUCCUUGCACCCUCUCAGCGCGAAGGGGUUGUUACCAGGUGCCCUUGUCUCCCGGUUUCCUACGGGGUUGCUCUGACACGCUCACUCUGUGGGGCAGGGCCAGGGCCAGCGGAGGGUGCCUGGCUCAGGGAGGUACUGCUCUGGCUCGGGAGGGUGGCAGAAUCAGGCUCUAGGCCGAAUCCUCACUAUGGAGUGUUCUCUGUGUGUCCUGAACUGUUGGACCGUGGUGUGUGCCGGUGAACAGCUGCCACCUUCUGCCCCAGAGGUGGCUGCAUUGCAGCCGGGGUGAAUACAGUGCAGGGAUGUGACUAUGGGUGUAGAGCCAGCAAGGUGGCUGAUCUCAGCCAGCCAGUGCUUCUUCCCCCAAUUGGAUGUUUCUAAUGCAAGUGAAAAUGGAGCAGGUGGAGAAAAAGGGACAGAAGGGCAAGAGAGGAGCCGGAUGGGGCCGGCCUGUCCAGGGGCCCCGUUGUGUGUUCAGGGGCAGGAGAUGCUCCUAGCGACCACAGCUGCGUUGGGGAGGAAGGGGGCUCCGUUGUCACUCCAACCCCAGCUGCGCUGCAGCCCCCCAUGGGCCAUGCUCUGCCAGUGAUCUACGUGCCAACACUGCCCCCGCUGCCUGCCGCCCUGCACCCUCAUGCAGGGAUGGGCAGCGGGAGAGGGAGGGCGGCAGCAGGCCCAGAGUUUACAGAUUCUGUGUCCCAUAGGAGCCCGGUCAGCUGGGACUGCCUGGCAAAGACCCUGCCAGCCAUCACACCUGGGCAGCGAAUCCUGUGAGUGCGAGCGCACCCGGGCGUGGGGUGGAAAGGUAAACCCGCAGGCCUCCACUACACACAUGGUUUCCAGCCAAGCCAAUGCGAGCCAGCCCCCCCGCAGGGCAGGACGGCCGUAACUCAGACUGACCCCAGUGCUCAGCCUGCCCGCGCCUGACCCAUAUCUAGCCCGUGUCUAGCUGCAUCCCGGUGCUAGGAGCCCUCCGCCCCAUUUCCCUCGUGCAUGGUUGGUUUAGGAACAAAGAUCUAAUGGCUGAUUCCAGGGGCAGUUAGUGCCAUUCAUCUGCCCCUCCGCUAGGAACUCUGCUCGCAGGCUCCGAGUGCAGGUUAUCGCCAUGAAUCCAUGCGGCCGUGCAGCUCCCCUGGAGGCAGGGGCGUAUUAUUAUCCCUUACGUGCAGCUGGGCCGGCUGAGGCAGAGAGUUGUGACGUGCCCAAGCUCGCCCAGCAAGGCAGUGGCAGAGCCAGCACAGACCCAGGCUAUCCUAGCUCCCACGCCUGUGCCCUAACCACUAGAGAACACUCUCCUUGUAGAGUCUCCACAAGAGCUUCCCGAAGCGUUGCGGGGAUGGUGGCGCUUACAUGGCCUUGCAAGGCACCUACAGCAGCUGUGCUGGGCUCUGGAGUGACUCUCCCAGCCAGGUGCCAACCUGUUCAGAAGGGAUCAGAGAUUCUGGGCAGUUCAGGUUUUGGGGUCUGGGGGAUUUUCAGAGGUGGGUGCCCAACAUUUCUUAAAACCAGAACCCUUAAAGGUGUCUCCAGAUGGGCCCCCAAAAUGGAGCCCUGCCCCCAACUCACGCGUCACUUAUGGAUAUCUUGCUCCACGACCUUUGGCCUCAGAGAGCGCAGGCCCUCAUCCAGCCGCAGGGAGGGGCAGGGUCAAACCAGAGACAAAGUCCCCAGAGCUGCAGGAAUUGGCUGUUCCUGGAAAGCCUGGGGGUGUGUGGGGCCCAGGUAGGAGGUGGCCUGAGGGCCUGGGGUGCGCCACGGAGCAGGUGUGUUGUGUGUUGUUUGCAUAGACCCCUCGCUCUGCGCUGAUACGUUGGUGAGCAAUCUCCCGCUGGAGUGUCUGCAUUGCGUGUCGCUACUGAACUCAGACGCUAAUAGCAGCUGCAGCCUGAGUGGAGAAAUAAAGCUAAAGCAAACACUG